CUCCCACACACACACACAUACACACACACACACGCGCGCAUACUCCCGCCUCCUCCGACCGAGCGGUGACUUAAAGCAACGGAGCGCAGUGAAGCCCAUUUUUCCUCGCUCCUCGCAGCGGCGCCGGGGGGGAAAAGCCCGCGGUGCGCGCGGCCCCUCCGCUCCCGCCCGACAUGAAUGCUGCGGCAGAAGCCGAAUUCAACAUCCUCCUGGCCACCGACUCCUACAAGGUCACUCACUAUAAACAGUACCCACCCAACACAAGCAAAGUUUAUUCCUACUUUGAAUGCCGUGAAAAGAAGACAGAAAACUCCAAAGUAAGGAAGGUGAAAUACGAGGAAACAGUAUUUUAUGGGUUGCAGUACAUUCUUAAUAAGUACUUAAAAGGUAAAGUAGUGACCAAAGAGAAGAUCCAAGAGGCCAAAGAGGUGUACAAAGAACAUUUCCAGGAUGAUGUCUUCAAUGAAAGGGGAUGGAACUACAUUCUUGAGAAAUACGAUGGUCAUCUUCCAAUAGAAGUAAAGGCUGUUCCUGAAGGUUCUGUUAUUCCCAGAGGAAAUGUUCUCUUCACAGUGGAAAACACAGAUCCAGAAUGCUACUGGCUUACGAAUUGGAUUGAGACUAUUCUUGUUCAGUCCUGGUAUCCAAUCACAGUGGCCACAAAUUCUAGAGAGCAGAAGAAAAUACUGGCCAAAUACUUGUUAGAAACUUCUGGAAACCUAGAUGGUCUAGAAUACAAGUUACAUGAUUUUGGCUACAGAGGAGUUUCUUCACAAGAGACUGCUGGCAUAGGGGCCUCUGCUCACUUGGUUAACUUCAAAGGAACAGAUACAGUGGCAGGAAUUGCUCUUAUUAAGAAAUACUAUGGAACGAAAGAUCCUGUUCCAGGCUAUUCUAUCCCAGCGGCAGAGCACAGUACCAUAACAGCGUGGGGGAAAGACCACGAAAAAGAUGCUUUUGAACAUAUAGUAACACAGUUUUCAUCAGUGCCUGUAUCUGUGGUCAGCGAUAGCUAUGACAUUUAUAAUGCGUGUGAGAAAAUAUGGGGUGAAGAUCUAAGACAUUUAAUAGUAUCAAGAAGCUCAGAGGCACCACUGAUAAUUAGACCUGAUUCUGGAAAUCCUCUUGACACUGUCUUAAAGGUUUUGGAUAUUUUAGGCAAGAAGUUCCCUGUUACUGAGAACUCAAAGGGCUACAAGUUGCUGCCACCUUAUCUCAGAGUUAUUCAAGGAGAUGGAGUAGAUAUUAAUACCUUACAAGAGGUUGUAGAGGGCAUGAAACAGAGAAGGUGGAGUAUCGAGAACAUUUCCUUCGGUUCUGGCGGAGCUUUGCUGCAGAAGUUAACAAGAGACCUGUUGAACUGCUCCUUCAAGUGUAGCUAUGUUGUGACCAAUGGCCUUGGGGUUAAUGUCUUCAAAGACCCAGUUGCUGAUCCCAACAAAAGGUCCAAAAAGGGCCGGUUAUCUUUACAUAGGACACCAGCAGGAAAUUUUGUUACACUCGAGGAAGGAAAAGGAGACCUUGAGGAAUAUGGUCAUGAUCUUCUCCAUACUGUUUUCAAGAAUGGGAAGGUGACAAAAAGCUACUCAUUUGAUGAAGUCAGAAAAAAUGCACAGCUGAAUAUCGAACUGGAAGCGGCUCCUCAUUAGGCUCUGCUUUAGGCCUGAUUGUUGUGCGUGCAGUGUGUGUAUACAUGCAUGCACGCACGCAUGUGUACACCUGUGUGUAUGUAAUACAUGUUUAUUGUACAGAUGUGUGGGAUUUCUUUGUGUUUUAUGAUACAUUACAGCCAAAUUAUUUGUUGGUUUAUGGACAUAACUGCCCUUUUAAUUUUUUUCCCCAGUGUUUAGGUGAUCUCAAAUUAGGAAACACUUAUAACCAUGUAAAAGAUUAAUGCUCAAAGAAGCUUUUUAGGGCCCUUUGCCAAUAGAUAGUAACUCAAUCUGAUAUAGAUCUUUUCAGAAAUAACAGAACCAAGAAACUUUUAUAUAUAAUGAAAGAUCACAUAAAACAGAUUUGCAUAAAAUUACCAUAAUUGCUUUAUGUUUAUAUUUAACUUGUAUUUUUGUACAAACGAGAUUGUGUAAGAUAUAUUUAAAGUUUCAGUGAUUUAACAGUCUCUUUCCAGUUUUUCAUGAUUUUUAUGAGCACAGACUUUCAAGAAAAUACUUGAAAAAUAAAUUACAUUGCCUUUUGUCCAUUAAUCAGCAAAUAAAACAUGGCCUUAACAAAGUUGUUUGUGUUAUUGUACAAUUUGAAAAUUAUGUCAGGACAUACCCUAUAGAAUUACUAACCUCACUGCCCCUUGUAGAAUAUGUAUUAAUCAUUCUACAUUAAAGAAAAUAAUGGUUCUUACUGGAAUGUCUAGGCACUGUACAGUUAUAUACCUUGGUCAUUGUAUUGUACCAGUGAAAUGCCAAAUUUGAAAGGCCUGUACUGCAGUUUUAUAUGUCAGAAUAUUGCCUGUGACUCUAAUAUGCACCUCAAGAUUUUAAGGAGAUAAUGUUUUUAGAGAGAAUUUCUGCUUCCACUAUAGGAUAUAUACAUAAAUGUAAAAUACUGAAAAAAGUGGAAGUAGUGUAUUUUAAAGUAACUACACUUCUGAAUUUAUUUUUCAUAUUCUAUAGUUGGUAUGACUUAAAUGAAUUGCUGGCGUGUGGGUAGUGAGUGUACUUAUUUUAAAUGUUUUGAUUCUGUUAUAUUUUCAUUAAGUUUUUAAAAAAUUAAAUUGGAUAUAAAACUGUAUGGACAUCAUUUAUUAAUUUUAAGUUGAAUCCCUCAAUAACUAAUACUCAAGUUCUUAAAUGAGAUAAGUUAUCCCCAAAGAAAAGCAUGGUGACAUGAUUUUUAAUAGAUAAAUCUUAACUAAAUGCAGACACUAAAUUCAGACUGUUCAACAUCUAAAUGUUUAGAAUGAUUAAUUCUGAGUCAGUCAUCACAUCCAACUAAAGAUCAGUUUCUAAAGUGAGCAUUGUCCACCAGCCAAAUUUUGGCAGAUUGCCUCCUUAUUUGUAAAUACAUAUUGUGUGGGGCUGCUUCCCACAUAGGGGCAGAAGUUGAACAGUUGCAUUAAAGACCAAAUGUUCCACGAAGCCUGAAUGUUUGCUUUUAUAGCCCUUCCCACAAAACUAAACAAAAUGCUUUCCAACCUGUGUUCUAAGAAAAUGGGUGUGUGUGCCUUUGUAUUUCAAGAGAAAUGCUUUCUACAUCUUAGGGAGUAAUCUCUCAUUUGUCAUUUCUCACUUAAGAAUCUGAUAGGAUAAGACUGAUGUAGAGUUUAACAACUUGACAUUCAAGGUAGAGUUUGAAAAAUUAAAACUACAAAUCAUCGAAAAGAAUUUUGUGAGAAAAUUUAUCACUAGAAUAAUCUAAUGAGGUUAGUUCUCCUUACUCAGUAUCUUUGUGGCAUUAGAAAGAAUGUAGAUUUUACAGAUGGUUCUAAACACUUGAGAGCAGUGUGCAUUGUUCAUGGUUAGGAAUACUCCUCAGCCUAUAGUCCCUAGUAAAAACAAAAACUGUCCCUGUGUAGGCCAGGCGUGCUGAUGGAUGCCUGUGAUCCCAGAACUUGAAAGAUGGAGACAGGAGAACCAGGAGUUGAAGAUUAUCCUGGCUACAUAAUGAAUUUGAAGCCAGUCUGAGCACCUUGAGACCCUGUCUCAAGAAAAAAUGUUCUUAUGGUUAGUAGUAGUAAAAGGAUCUGCCCCACCUAGUUGAGUAUAGUGGUCCGCACCUGUCAUCCCAGCAGGCAGGGUGGAGAGGGACAGAUGUGGGAACAUUACAAGUUUGAUGCCAGCCUGAGCAUAUAAAACACUAUCUCCAAAGAAAAAGGCAGGCUCACAAAUGAGCUACAGGGCUGAUAGAGAAAAGAAAUUCUCUUUGCUAACAACCAUAAUUUUGCCCAUGUUUCAACAUUGGAGUCGUCAUAUAGGCAGUAUUCUCUUGUGUUCUAUGAAUUUUAAGCAGCUCAGAAGUUGUCUUGAAACUGGGUGAAUGCUUAAAGCUAUGCAUUCCAACACAGUCGUGAGUCAAAAAAAUGGACUCAUGAAUUCUAGCUCUGGGCCACUUGGAAUUGGAAUGAAGUAUUUGGUGUGUCUGGUUUUGAGUACCACAUGCUAACAUGAAUUUUAAGUAAAAUUGUGCUGUGUGUCACCUUUAGAUUGGCUUUCUGACAAAAGCAAAAGAUAAAUAGGGGCUUAAGACAUUAAAUUUGCAGUUGGCAUUAGUUAAUCCUUCUCAAUUCAUAAUUUUAAGUAGGAUAUAGGAAGUUUGUGUUAAAGACUCUUAAUUUAUUUGUACCCUAUACUUUAAACAAAUGGUUUUUAUGAUUAUCCCUUCCUUUCUUGAAAGAAAUUGUUACAUUAAAAUUUUUUAUAGUGAAAUUCAUCUUGGAAAAUUAGAAAAAAACAGCAAAGUAUUUAUUGUUGUGUUUCAGUAAUUUAGAGCUCACACUUAAACUAGUAUUUUGUAGUUUUACAUUCUUUUUUAACCCAUUCAGUGGAGAUUAAGCUUUCUCCCAAGUUGUAUGUUAAAUCAGUUCUAAUAUGUACUCAACAUCAAAGGUAAACAUGUAAUAAACAUGAAAAUAAAGUAUAGUUCUAUUAGUGAAAUGUUAAA